AUGUGUUCACUGUUGAGCCAAUCCAGGUUCGCGUCGUCCAACCAGAGGACAAGCAACAACAACAACUAUCAACAUCAUACAUUCAACGUGGCCGUGAGCAAGUCAUCGAUCAUUCAUGAUCAGGAGUCUGUUCCUUACACUGGUCUGAUCUUCUUUGCCCUGGUCGUUGUGAGCGUGUUGUAUCCUGCCAAGGUGUGGAGCUUCAUUCUCUCGGUCAAGAGUGGACAGCUGUUCCAGCAAAGCAAGUCAUCUUCGUCCUCCAGGUCAUCAUCCAAUAAGAACAACAAUCAUGAAGACGAUGACUACAUCCCAAAGGAGUUGAAGCAGAAGAAGACAAAGACCAAGUAA